GAGCGGUAGUAGAGUCGGAAGAAGAGAAAAUGUCUCAAAGGAUUGAAAAUAUAGUCAAAGGAGUAGUGGUGGUGGCUCUGGCCUUCAUGGUAGCUCAAACCGUGUCCGAUUGCAAUGUCUGUCAAUCGAAUCAAGUGGCCUGCAUCAACUCCACCUCCUUUUACUUGUGCUUUGGUGAUGGAACCCCACAUCGUGAUCAGCUUUACCACUGCCUAGAAGGAUUCGACUGCACCAAUCUCACGGCGAUUUGUGUCCAAAAGAGCAGCCAACGUCCUCCAAGCUGUGGCGACACCUCGCAAUGCGGCCAAUGCAAUGCCAAUGUGAACUAUCUAUUUGCCUGCCAGAGUCGCGGAAUUUUCCAGAUGUGUUAUGGCGCCACGAGACCAACUGGAAAGUUUGGCUACUGCCCCUCGGGAACAGUUUGUGAUGCCAGCAGCAAUGCGAUUUGUGUGCCCGAGGUUGAGGGUCAAUCGGUAACUUGCGAUAUAAAUGAUGAGCUGGUGGACACCACCACUGCUGCCUCAGUGACCACAGAAAGCAGCAGCACGGAUUCUACUUUGGAUAGUAGUACUGAGAGUAGCACUGAGAGUAGUACUAGUAGUAGCACUGAAAGUAGCACUGAGAGCACCACUGAAAGCAGCACCGACUCUACUGUAACCACGGAACAAACCACCACAGUGAUCCCUCUAACACCAGCUCAGAUGUGCACCGAGAGGAAUGCCACUGGUCUUUUUCCCAUCAUACCCGCGGAUCCAUACUGUCAACGCUACAUUAGUUGCUAUUUCCAGAAGAAUGUUCUUAUCAGAUCUGCCGAAUAUAACUGUCCGUCGGACUCAUACUUCGCUUCCCAGACUCAGAGCUGCGUCUACGUUAAUCCGGGCUAUUGUCUGUAG